AUGAGUGAGGCGUCUCAAGAUAAGCCUGACGGUGAAGCUUCCUGCUCAGACAGCCGGGGUUGGAACCAAGCUUCCAGCAUCAUCGUGCCGUACUUGAUCGAAAGAGUGCCCGAGUUCCAUAGCCUCACCGAUCUGCGGCACAGAGGGUGGAACAAUCCUGAAGGCGACAGGUUUUUUAAACUUCAACGCCAGAGAGCAGAUCAAUCCAACGAGAAAACGGCCGAGUACUUUUACCGACUAAUGUUAAGGAUCGGUCAGGAGAUCCAAGCUGCUACUGGGGCUUUCAGAAUUAUCAAUCCCUCCCCUCAACAGCCAGAGAUUCUUGACAUGUGCAUGGCGCCCGGAGGUUUCUGCAGACAGCACUGA